CCCCCCGCCAUGAAGCACUGCUUCUACAACGAGACCGUCGGCUUCUUCUACAACAACAGCCGCAAGGAGCUGAGCGCGCACUGGCGGCCCAAGGACGUGCUGGUGGUGGCGCUGGGGCUGGCGGUCAGCGCCGUGGUGCUGCUGACCAACCUGCUGGUCAUCGCCGCCGUGGCCACCAACCGCCGCUUCCACUACCCCAUCUACUACCUGCUGGCCAACCUGGCGGCCGCCGACCUCUUCGCCGGCGUGGCCUACAUGUUCUUGAUGUUCCACACGGGGCCUAGGACCGCCCAGCUGUCGCUCAAGACGUGGUUCGUCCGGCAGAGCUUGCUGGACACCAGCUUGACGGCUUCGGUGGUCAACCUGUUGGCCAUCGCGGUGGAGCGGCACCGGACGGUGCUGACCAUGCAGCUGCACAGCGAGAUGUCGGCCCAGCGCGUGGUGGGGCUGAUCUUCUCCAUCUGGGCGGCGGCGUUGCUGCUGGGCUUGAUCCCGUCCUACGGCUGGCACUGCCUGUGCUCCUUGGAGAGCUGCUCCCGGAUGGCGCCGCUCUACAGCCGCAGCUACCUGACCUUCUGGGCCGUGUCCAACCUGGCGGUCUUCCUGGUCAUGGUGGUGGUCUACGGGCACAUCUUCGUCUACGUCAGGAGGAGGAUGGCGCGCAUGGCGCGGCACACGGGCGCGCACCCGCGGCACCGCGACACCGUGCUGGCGCUGGUCAAGACCGUCACCAUCAUCCUGGGUGCCUUCGUGGUGUGCUGGACUCCAGGCCAGGUGGUUCUGCUGCUGGACGGGCUGGGCUGCCAGAGCUGCGACGUGCUGGCCGUGGAGAAGUACGUGCUGCUGCUGGCCGAAAUCAACUCCCUAAUUAACGCCAUCGUUUACUCCUGGCGCGAUAACGAGAUGAGGAACACCUUCCGGCGGCUCCUGUGCUUCCCGUGCCUCCGGAAUUCCAAGUACGCCGCCCCGGAGCGGGGGCUGCACUCCCACAACGGCCACUUCACCGUGGAUUCUUCCAUUUAGGGGUUUUUUUUGGGGAUUUUGGGUUUUUUUUGGGAUUUUUUGGAGGUUUUUUGGGGGGGAUCUGAGGUGGGAAUUUUUCUUGGGAAAGUCGCGGUGGAGCGAGGAUUGCGGGGUGGAGGAGAAUUCUGGAUUCCUUUCCAGCGUGGAAAUUUUCCUGGAAAAGUCGUGGUGGGAUCAAGGAUGAAGUGAUUUUUGGGGAUUUGGGAGAGUCCCGGAGUCCUGAGGGGCUCCAGCAUCAAAAUUUCCUUGGAAAACUCCUGGUGGAUCAAGCUUCGAGAAGAAUUUUGGAGUCCUGGGGGCUCCAGCACCCAAAUUCCCUGGAAAACUCAAGAACGAGGCGGUUUUGUGGGAUUUGGGAGAACCUCGGAAUCCUUGGGGCCUCCAGCUUCCAAAAUUUCCUGGAAAACUCCUGUUGGAUCAAGGAUGGAGUGAUUUUUUGGGAUUUGGGAGCAUCUUGGUGGCUUGGGGUGCUCCAGCAUCAAAAUUUCCUUGGAAAACUCCUGGUGGGAUCAAGGAUUGAGAAGAAUUUUGGAGUCCUGGGAAGUUCCAGCAUCCAAAUUUCCAUGGAAAACAAGAAUGAGGCGGUUUUGUGGGAUUUGGGAGAACUUC